AUGGCUUGUUUAAACUCUGGAGCUUGGCUUGCUAAAAUCGCCGCCGCUGCGCACAAAUUUGAAAAUCCGAGCAGUGGACAGUUGUCUGCACUCCUUCAAGUGCGAACCAUCGAAAGCCGCACGGAAAUCAGUGCCCCCCAGCCGUCAGGAGCUGCCGCAUAGCUGCAGCCCCUCCCAGCCCAAUCGUGCGCGCGCGGACGCACCACAGACCAAAGCAGCAGCAAAAAACAAUGUUCGCCUUCGACAUCUCCGGCUUAGCCUUAGAGGUGGCGCCGCCGGACACCGGUAGAGUACGAUUAGUGGCCGUCACCUCGGGCUUACUGGAAGCCAGGCCGCAUGAGAUCGGCGCGGACUUCCCGGACCGAGUCGCUCGAGGUGUCUGGUUACGAGCGUGUUCUGGGGGAGGCGGGGGCAACGGCGACGCCCAGGCCUAUUUGAAUGACGUCUUUGACGCGUUGCAGGACCCGAGUGAUGGCAGAGGUGAUGGUGGUGAACUGAGAGUCGCCGCCGCGUUAUUGUCUGGAGCGAGAAAGUCGGAAAAGCUCGCGGCGGCCUUCGAGGUCCUGGGCCCGGACGCGCUCGACCUGAACGGCGUUGCUAGAUUGUUAAGAGCGGCUCUGGCGUCCAUCGCCUUCGCCACCGACGCGACGGACAUCAGCCAAGCGAUCAACCGCGAGGCGGCCUCGCUGGCCGAGGACGUCUGCGCGAACGCCGAAGACCAAAACGAGAUCACUUUUGACGACUUCGGGAACUGGUACAACUCUAGGGGCUUUGAAUUGGCGCCGUGGCUGGAGUUGUUGGAUUUGACGAAGUGGCCCGUGGAUGGAAGAGGCGAGCUGCAGGACGAGUCUGACGAAGAGGAGGACGACGAGGAGGAGACGGCGUCGCGGGCGGUUGUGGCCUUCGAGGUCGCGACCGAUGAUGGCACGACGCAGGACGACGACGGUCAAGUGUUAGUGCUGCGGGCGGCCUUCUCUUUACAAGCGGUCGGGAGGUUGCGAGAUUUAGUGAUGGGCAGUGGUCUGGGCGACUGCGACGCGUCCGUGCUCUGCGGCCAUGCAGCGAGAGCCGCCACGGCCGCGGGUAGGUUGGACAGGCGGGCCUUCGCUUCGGUAAUCGCGGCCUUCGCGCCGGACGAGGCCUCGGCCGAAAGACACGCGCCGUUCCUCCACUACCUGUACGGCGCCUUUGUUAGAGACGAGCAGCUCGGUGCCGACGCCGCGGAGGUGGCCGCCGGGCUCAGUCUGCUCUGCGCCGGGAGCAAGUCGUCGAAGCUCGCGGUGGCCUGGGAACUAUUUGCUGAUGGGGACAAGUGGGACGGGGCAUUGAGCCGUAGAGGAUUGUGGCGCUACGUGCGAUCCUUUCUCGCCACCCUCUUAGCCGUGGCGUCGCUGCCCGACGGCGCCGCGGGCGACGCCGCCGUCGCGGAAUGUGCGGUGGACGUCGCCGACGACGCGGACGACGCGGCGGUCGCGCUCGCGGCGGCCGUCUUCGCCGACGCGGGCGGCGACGACUUGGUCGCGUUCGACGACUUCGCGGACUGGUACACGGACGGCGGCUACAAGGUCGCCUCCUGGCUCGAGCUGCUCGACCUCUCGAAGUGGGUCCUCUGAGCGCCCUGCCCCUACGAAGACUAAGGGAGAUUUUUCGUC